UAUUCUAGGUUCAGACUAUCAACUGUCAUGACGGAGUUGGCCAACUCGGCAGUUGCGUUGUAAUUUCCCCCACUCCCACAAUAACAAGCAAUCGGUCGUAGGAGUCUGCAAUCGAGUUGUAUGAGCGCUCAAGACCAGCAACUGGAGAAAUCGGCGAGUUUGGCCAACUCCGUCGUAGCAGUUGGUAGUCUGAGUGUUGAAAUAAUAAUUCAUUAGACACCAAGUAGUCACUUGACUUAAGACGUGCCCAGGUAGUGUUAUCCAAACAUUCCUUUCUUUCAGAUGAAACUUUUGCUUGUUCUGUUGUUGAUCACGUGCGUCGCCUUCCAGCAACUUGAUGCUUGGCCGAGAGUGCGUGUUCGCAUUCACCUUAAAAAGCGACCAGCUGCAGGUGGAGAUGUCGCGAGAGACCUCGACACAGACGAGGAUGGGUAUUUGGACGAGACUGAGUUAGAGAAAUACAUCGGCCAGCGAGACGUUCUCGACUUCGUGGAGGCUUUAGAUCAGAACGGUGACGGGCAGCUCUCCGUUGAUGAGUUUAUUGGCAAGCAGUAAUUAACCAAUCAAUCAAUCAGAAUAUGCUGUUAUUAGGCUCAAUAAAGAAGACAUUCCAAAACACCUGAAGUUUCAAAUAAAACAGAUUUCAACAAUA